GAAUCCUGAGUCUGUCUACUUUUCUCCCUCGUUUCGUAAUCGUAUGGCUACCAAAAUCAACAACAUUAUUAAGCAGUUGAAUGACUUGAAAGACUGGGCCAGUAUGAUCAACCUGGUGGUCACAUUGAGAGGCCAAUCUUGUCCUAAGCAACAUCCAAAGACAGAUUCUUUUCUUGAUAAUUCCACAGUAUUUGAAAGAGAAGACGAUGUCUCAAGAAUUCUCGGCUUGUUGCGUGACUUGAGGAGGAGUCAACAUCCCAUCUCUGGCAUUUCUAUUGUAGGUAUGGCUGGGAUUGGAAAGACAACAAUAGCAAAAUUAGUAUACAUGAAAGCAAAGGAAGAAAAGCUUUACGAUCUAGCUGCUUGGGUGUGUGUAUCCGAGGACUUCAAUGAUCAAAUCAUUUUGGGAGAGAUGUCAGAGCAUUUUGGUUGUAGUGCUGCUACAAGGAAUAGUAUUAAUGCAUUGCUUGAAGAUCUUGCAGAAAAAUUAGAGAAUAAAACUUUUCUUCUCAUUCUUGAUGAUGUAUGGAAUGAAGAUCCUGACAAGGGGGAACACUUCAGCUCUUGUUUGUUAAAAAUUCUGAAGACUACUGGGAGCUCUAUUGUCAUAACAACUCGUAGUGGAAAGGUAGCAUCUACAAUGGAGUCGAUUCCUAUGCAACGCUAUGACAUGGAGAGGUUAUCAGAUGAUGCAUGCUGGUUGAUAAUAAAAGAGAAAUUUCUUAGAUCAUCCACAGAAACUUCAAUGACUCCUGAUUUGGAAGCUAUUGGACAGGAUAUUGCCAAAAAAUGUAGAGGUUUGCCAUUAGUUGCUAGUGUAAUCGGAGGAACAUUGAGCCGUCAAACUAGUGUAGAUAAAUGGAAGGAUAUCAGAGAUGAUAAAGCAUGGAAUUUGAAUUCACGAGAUGGAGAUAAGAUUUUAUCUAUUUUGAAAAUAAGUUUCAAUCAUUUGACUUCUCCCUUGAAAAAAUGCUUUUCUUACUGUUCAAUUUUUCCAAAGGAUUUUGUCAUAGAAAAAGAUGAUUUAGUUCAACUUUGGAUGGCUCAGGGGUUUCUUUACCAACCUAAUGAAAGCUCUGUGACAAUGGAGGAUGUUGGUAAUGAUUACUUUAGUGAUUUGUUAUCUAACUCCUUAUUUCAAGAUGUGUACAGGUGCAAAUUUGGGAAUAUCAGAUCUUGCAAGAUGCAUGACGCAGUGCAUGAUUUGGCACUGUCUGUUUCAAAAGGUGAUACUUUUAUAUGGGAGACUGGUUGCAUAAUUGACCAGGAUGCUAAAAUUCGACAUUUAAGAGUUAAGCAUGACAAGAACGAGCGUCCAAUCAUUCCUAGAGCUGUUGCUCAAAGAUUGCAUUCUUUGUUCUUGGAAGAGGUUGAUGUUUUCAUUUCCAGUGCAUCUGAUCUCAAAAGCUUGCGAGCUUUAAAAAUAGUGGGAGCUAAGGGGGAACAGUUGCCCAUUAUUCUUGGCAAAUUGAAGCAUUUGAAAUACCUUGACAUCUCAAGAAGCAAAAUAAAAACACUACCAACAUCCUUUUUCAAACUCUACAAAUUGCAAACUUUUAGACUUAUGGGGUGCUUUCAUCUACAGAUAUCUGAUGAGAUUAGAAAUCUGAUUAGCUUAAGACAUGUUUAUUUUGACAGUGAAAAGCUGAUGCCAAGAGAGAUUGGGCAUUUAACUUCCCUUCAAACCUUACCAUUAUUUGUUGUGAGUAGGGCAAACUUGGACCAACUUGGAUGCCUAAGUCAACUUGGAGGAGCAUUGAAAAUAUGCAACCUUGAAUUUGCCAGAGCUAUGUCAUCAGAAACCGUCAAAGCAAACUUGGACAAGAAGACAAAAUUGUAUGAGUUGGAAGUUGGAUGGAAUAGAAACAAUGAAGGCUACAACAAUUAUGAGGUUUUGGAAGGCCUAAGGCCUCCCUCAAAUUUGAAAUACUUGAAAAUUGAAGGUUAUAAGGGAGAAAAGUUUCCGUUGUGGCUGGAGAUGGGUGUUAAUUCUUUUGGCGAUUCCUCUCCACUAAACAAUCUGUUGACUUUGAAAUUAUAUGACUGUAAUGAAUGUGAAGAGAUUUUGAGUUUGGGAUUUAUACCUAAGCUCGAGGAUCUUGAAAUAAGACGAAUGCCAAAGGUGAAACGUAUGGGCAGCAAGUUUUGUCUUGACGAAAGCAGCAUGACAAGUAGUAGUUGUGGUGACAAAAAAUCAAUCAUAUUGUUCCCGGCUUUGAAAAGACUCACUAUAAGAGACAUGGAAAUCCUAGAGGAAUGGGCAGAAAUAGAAGGCACCACCAUCUUUCCUUGCCUAGAGGAUUUGUAUGUUGAAAAUUUUCCGAAGUUAAAGACCUGGUCAAUGAGUGGGUUUUCUUCUCAUCAUAAGCUCUCAAAAGCGGGUAUCCAUGAUUGUCCGAACCUGGUGACUCUUCCAAGUAUGGAACGGCUCUUAUCUCUUAGGAGUUUAAGCUUAACUAAAUCAGGAUCUCUCCCAAGUGGGCUGGGCUACUGCAGUUGUCUCAAGUAUUUGGGCCUUCGACAGUGCUGGCUGGAAUCCUGCAUCUCUCUCCAAAAGUUGAAUAUUCUCGAUUGUGCCAAUCUAAUUUCUAUUUCAGAAGAUGUUGGAAGAUCAAGUUCGCUUACUUUUUUGGAGAUUAUUGGUUGCGAAAAUCUAAGGAGCAUUCCAGAGGAGUGGCUGGGUAGGAAUACCUUGUUGAAGGGGUUAAAAAUCGGUCGUUUCUGGUCAGGGUUGGAGGAAUAUCCAGGACUCACUUCCAUCCAUCAACUACAUGCCUCCCUUGAAUUUUUGACACUUUGUGGGUGGGAUAAACUAAAGUCUUUGCCACAUCAGCUUCGACAUCUCACUGCCCUCAAGCAAUUGAUCUUAGUGAACUUCAAUGGCCUGGAAGCUUUGCCAGAGUGGUUGGGAGACCUCUCUUCUCUUCACAACCUGCUGAUUGGGAAAUGCUCUAAUUUGACUCAUCUGCCUUCAAUUGAAGCCAUGCGACACCUCUCCAACUUACAAUCUCUUCAUAUUUGGUGUUGUCCCAAAUUAGAAGAAAGAUGCGCCAAAGAGAGCGGCCCCGAAUGGGCCAAGAUUUCCCACAUACCCAACAUCACAAUAAAUGAUGAUAAACUAAAGCCUCUGCCACAUCAGCUUCAACAUCUCACUGCCCUCGAGUCAUUGCAGUUAUAUAACUUCAACAGCCUGGAUGCUUUGCCAGCGUGGUUGGUAAACCUCACUUCUCUUCAUAGCUUGGGCAUUUAUAACUAUGCCAAAUUGAAGGUUCCACUAAUAGAGCAGGCCCGAGAAUCUAUUAAUAGAUGUGGAUCACGCGCAAUCCAAAUGACACUGGGCCGAACUGGAGCGUUUAAUGCCUAUCAAGGUUUGCUUUACUUUAACAGCAGGUUGGGGCAGUUCGAGAUACAAAUGACUGAAUUGAAGACAAUGAGCAUUGGUCCUGCCUUCAUAUGGGAUAUGCUUGUGUUAGUUUUUCCCGGGGAAAAAAAGGCAUAACAUCUCUCUCAUCCAUGUGCUCGCUGUAUUAUCAGCUGGUGGAUGUUCUUUUUGAAACAGAGAUGGAUCGAAGAGACAAAACAAAUAAUUUGCAUAAACAUAUAUUUGCAGGAUAGGAGCUUCAAGAUUUGAUUUUUCAGGUCUAUAUUUGUCAUGGCCCUGCUUUUGAAUUUUAGUUUCAUAUGAUCAAAAUACUAAUUUAUGCUGUAACUUUUUUUAAAUAAUGUAGGCUUCUAUUUUUCCUCAUAUCCAUUAUUCUGUUUCUGUAUUACACAUUGAAAUUGGAACUUAAUAAAUUGAGUUGUUUCUA